AUGAAUAUUUCAUUUAAUGAUUUGAAAUUUGUACAUUAAAUAGGUUAGACACUUAAUCUUGAAGAAAGGUAUUCAAUUUAUUAAUACAAAUAGAAUGAGAUUACAAUUAGCAAUACUCAAAAUACAAGAACAUUAUGUUUUUGAUGAAGUCCUAUUUUGGGGUAGAGUUGAAGGAGUAGAAAAAGAUUAUUAUAUAGCUCUUGGAAUUCAAUAUAAAGGAUAAUAUGAAUUCCCAUUGAAGAAAUUUUUUUGGAGGUACAAAACAUCUAAUAUUAAUAAGUUCCAAUAAUUAUCAUUUUGCUGAAUUACCAAAAUAUAAUGAAGAAUUUGCUUAAAGAGCUGAAACUUUAAGAGAGCCAUUUACAGGAUAACAUGAACACAUAGUAUUUAGAACAGAUGAAGAAAUUAAUUUUGAAGACUCAUUAGAAAUUCCUGCGUAACUGCCAGCUAAAAAUUUCUCAGAAUUAGAGAGAUUAUCAUAUAUAGUUUAAUCUAUUGAAUUUUAAUGUGCCUCAAUUCCGAUAGGCUCAUAUAGAUUAACACCAACUCAUGAAUUGAUCAAGACAAAAUUUAAGGGUGUCACAGCAGAAUUGAAAAAUUAUUAACAUUUUAGAUAACCCAUCAGAAAGGAUAAAUAAGAUCUUAUAGGUUUGCAAUAUAAUGAUAUCUUUAAUAGCUCGAGAUGAAGCAUUAUAUAGACCUGACUUUUUAGAUUCUUUAGUCGAUGAUACUCCAUAUAAUUAAUGGUCAGUCUAAACAGAUUCCACUAAAAGAAAUGUAAAUAGAAAUUAUAAUUUUAGAUUACAAUUAGAAAUUUAAUUUGGCCUGGAUAUUUAGGCUAUAAUAAUGAUUAUACAUUUGGAUAUGCUUAUUUUGGAGAUGGAAUUAAAAAUUCAGAUUUUGAAUUCUUAUUAUGAUUUCC